UAUGAAACACCAGCAAAGUUAAAUCCCAACAAAAAGAUGUUCUUUUCAAUAUUGUUUUGGGUAGAAAUGGCGAUCAAUAUUACCUCAUCACACACUUCUUCAAAAUCCCUCUAAACCUUUACUGUCCAUUUUAUUCCGUUUGAUUGGGUAUUAGUACUUUAUUCCUUUUAACCGACCCAUCCAAACAAUUGCUUCGCUCACAUUCACAUAAGUCAAGGGAUGUACGUACUCUGGUAGAAAUAAUACAUAAAAUUCAUAUUAUUAUUCUCUUCACUGUGCUUUGUUCGGGUUUGAAGUGGAAUAUUCAAAAUGUGGGCCAGGCACACACACAGCGAAAGACACGUGAAAGCUUCGGCAAUAAAACAUCAUGACAAUCGGUAGGACACUCAAUCCUCAAUAAAAUGCUGACAACAACUGUGAUAACGUGGAUGAGAUUACGAUAUUAUUAGGGGUGAUUGUUUUUUUUUCUCAAUCGUCAACUCCUAAAGUCCCCCCCCCCCCUACAAAGCGUCCUCAGGACAUGGUUGAUGAUAUGUUUUGCUUGUGAGAUAAAAAUAAUAGACAUAUUUCUAUGCUAUGUAUUAAAAGGUACCAGCAGAAGCAGAAGUUUCGAUGGAAAUUCUAGUAAAAAUAAACCCCCCCUCGCCCCAUGAUGGAGGAGCAUAUGUGUGUGAGUGUGUGAGAAGAAUCUGGAGACAGAGAAAGACAACGAAUGAUCCUAUCUCGGGCGGAUAAAGUUAAAUGAGAUUAUGCAAAACCCUAUCCCGUAACGUGCUCAAGUGGGGUUUGCUCCACAACAGCACUGGAAGUGGAUGACAAUCGACAAUCGGUGGUGAGCAAAACCAGGGUGAGAAGGCACGCGAACACGCCAUUUCACUUUGGCACUAACGUAACGUAUCUACCACCACAAAGCUCCCCCACGAAAGGAUGAAUUCUAAGUACAUUAAGGCGUGCAGGCUGAGCAGAUGGGAGUUGUUGGAGGGAGUUUGUUGGGGAGCAACAAAAAAUGGCUCCCAAUAUCGAUGCAUCUCAUCCACCCUCCACACCCCUAACAGAAAGGAGUGAGCUGUGAGCAGUCCGUGGCGCAUGUUGUGCGGCCGUGUGUAGGUUUUGCACUAUAUUUCAUCCCGAUUCCGAUUUCGAGCUGCACCGUCACAAGGGACAAAACCGACAACAGAAGAAGAACACACAUACAUACAGUCAAAAAAAACUGCCAGAAAGGAACACACUAUUUUUGUGGAAAAAUUCCUCCAGAUAAGGACGAAACAACUCUUCCCAACCUCACACACCCGCACACACAGGACGAAAAGGUAAUGAGACUAUGGGGUAAAUAAAAGCUCCACAAAAAACCCCCCAAAGAAGGGAACAAAGAUGGCGCCGUUUAUGGUGGAGGAGAAAGGUUUUGUUUUUUUUUUUGGUUGGGCUUCCUUUCGAGCGCGUUGUGCUUCAGAUUUGACAAUGUUUGUAUGCUCCACGGGACCUACUUUUCUUUUUGCAGCUCACAGUAUUUGCUGGCACAUAAUCUGGUGAAUGGUGGAAAAAAUCCCCCCCAGUCGACAAAUACGAUCAACCGUAUCAGAAUGAAGUCCUUAUUCGGGGGAAAAUGUGUGCGUGUGUUUUUUUUGCCAUUUUCUCCCCCGAGGUGGAAAAUUUUGCGCACCAUCACCAUCCGCUUCCUUCGGAGGAGGUGUGUAGAAAAUAAAAAUGAAAUCCUUACGCGAAAGGAUAUUCGGUGGUGCGUACUGUAACUCCGCCCAUUUUCAUUCCUUCGGCGCAAGUUUAUGUACAAGGAUAUUCGGUGGAUGCGAUCGUUUGUCGCAUUUGUUCCAACGAUCUGUUGUCCCUUUUGCUCUUUACGCACGCUGUUGAGAAAGGAGGUGGGGAUUAAACGAAUGAAUUCCUGAUGAUGAUACUGAUGGUGAUGAUGAUGAUGAUGCUGUAGAAACUUGAAGCGAAUAAGGAUAAUGGAUAGGGUAAGAGAUUGUGUGCAUAACGUUCGUUGGACGGCUGCUUCACAAGGGUGAUGAAUAUGAAUUGAGGCGUCCUUUUUCGUCCCCGGAGCGCACGACGUUAGCUUCAACCGUCAUCAUCAUCAUCAUCGGCAUGAGAAAUCGUCAUCAGUGGUGCUGUAGGUACCUUGGUUGGGUUGGGAAUGAAAUGCAACCGGUGUGGCCUAUAGGAUAUGUUCGCUGUUACACAAACCAUUCGCUAGCGUGGAGUCGUCCUGUUCGGUGCGGCGUACAAAUAACGCGUAACGUAGUGAUUGAUCUUUGUGUAGGAAAAGAAAAGAAAAACAAUCGGUCUGUGGGUGGAAAGUUUUACCAACAUUAGUAUUUAUAGUUUUUUUCCUUUAAGAAAAAAAUAAUUGUGCAAUUUAAUCAUGUUUAAGAGAAAAGAAGAAUAUUGUGCAAAAUAUAUCUAAAACUAGUGUAACAAAAAAAAAUAUAUAUUUCAUUGUGUAUUAAAACGUGAUGAUCUGUGUUCUUGGGUGGAGUAGCGUACUACUCCUCAUUCGAUCCUUACCCGUUUGAUAAUAGUUUAAAGUUUGAAUUUCAAAGUGACACAAGUUAUUCCACGGUACAAUCAUGUCCACUGCCAUGUCGACAGCAUUCAUGGUGGACAGUAUCCUGCAGGAUAAGGACUCUCCGACCGACCAAGUAACGCGCUGUACGGAAGGUUCCAGUCCGGUCGGAGUUCCACCGGGUGCUUCUAAUGGGGACGCCGGUUCACUAGCCUCCAUCUCGGACAGUGACGAAUUCGACGAGCCUAAAGACUCUAGCAGUCUGUGUGACUCACCGAAAAGUUUCCACAGUCUGCACCAGCACAGCCAUCUGCACCAACCGGUCAGUGAUCAUCAGCUGCAUCUGCAUCACCAUCAUCUACUUUCCCAGCAUCAUCAUCACCAUUCGGCGUCAUACUCGGACGAUGAGGUACCGGCGGGACCACCGUCCAUCAAUGGUGGUUCAAUAGUGCGAAGACCGGCCACAUUCCGACCCCAUCCGGAUGAUGGUGUGUCGCUAGAGCAGAUGGAUUACUGCUGUGCCAAGUGUGGUCACUGUCAGGCGGAUUUAAAUCCGACCAGCCGGGGCAGUCCAUCGGGGACGAGGGAUAAGCGAAAUGGCGAAGGGGAGCAUAAUAACAACAACAGUAAGGAGGAAAGUGUACCGGACGGUGACGGUGGUAGUGAGUACGAGUUUCGGUGUGAAAAGUGCGGGUACGGGGAGUAUGUGGUUCCGGGCAAGCAAACGAUCCUGAAGGAAAGCAGCAAACCCGUGCUCAAGUUUAGUGUGUCCGCAAUUCUGGGCGACAAGAAGGAUUGCGUUAAAGUUAGGAAUGAAUUUAUUCAACCACAGCACCUUUGGCCUUACAUUCAGCAGAACCUGAUCCAACAGAACCACUUAGCUAACCCGGCUUUUCUGGGUGCCCAUCCACACCAUCCCCAUCAUCCGCAUCAGCAGCAUCCCCAUCAUCAUCACCAUCAUCACCAUCAUCAUCCUCCUCCACCACCUCCUUCUCACCAUCAUCAUCAGGGUGGACCUCAUCCUCAUCCACUGUCACCUCAUCACCCACAACAGCAGCAACAGCAUCUUACCGUCGGACCAAACAGCAGUCCGACUGGCCAUCCGGCCAACAGCAAUGGUGCCCAUCCGCAUCACCUUAACAAUAGCAGCAGUAACAGUGCGAGCGAGUCUGGCAGCUUACCGAACAGUCCGGAACUGCAGGAACCCUCCGGACAGGUGGUGGUAGCACUUCAACAGCCGAGAGAUAAUAAAAUCAUUGCAAAACCACUUCCGAGCCGACCGACACCGUUCCUGCACCAUAGUCUCAACCAUCCCCAUUUGCACUCAUUGUUGGCCCACUGUCGCAAUCCCUACAUACCGGGUGGACCACAAGUUUUCCCACUACCUCCGGGGCAAGGUUUUCCGUGGGCACACUCCACCCGAGGGAAACCCCGGCGGGGGAUGAUGCGGCGGGCAGUGUUCUCUGACUCCCAACGGAAAGGGCUGGAAAAGCGAUUUCAGCUACAGAAGUACAUUAGUAAACCGGAUCGAAAGAAGCUCGCGGAACGGCUCGGUCUUAAGGACUCUCAGGUGAAAAUAUGGUUUCAAAACCGACGCAUGAAGUGGCGCAACUCGAAGGAGCGCGAGCUACUAGCAAACGGUGGCUCUCGGGAUCAAACCCUACCGAACAAGAACAAUCCCAACCCGGACCUUUCGGAUGCACGUACCGACCGCCAGACGUCCCUCUCGCCUCCCCCACCCGGAUCACCUCCCCAAGGGUCAACGCCGCUCGAUGGUCAACCACCACCGCCCGCACAUCCACCACCAUCAACCACACCGUCGGGUUCACCCAAACCUGCCCCACCCCCUAUGCUUACCUUUAAGUCCAAGUUUGAGCUGCUGAAACCAUCCGCCGUGGCCGGCAGUGGUGGAGAUUUUAAGUUCGAUUUUGAAGAGCAAUCGCAAGGCAAUCGUUCGGCCGGCACUGGAGGACAUUUCCCGCUGGGUGGAUUCUAUCCACCGGUCGGUGCGGAACGAAGUGACACGGGCGGUGUCGGUGGUUCGGGACGUUCGAACAGUAGCGCAUCGUCGGAUCUGCAGACGGGAACGGCCGCCAUGUAUUACGAUGAGUACGAAUCGGCCGGCGACACCGAUGACAGUGACGAGGAAAUCAAUGUCACGUGACCUGAUACAAGUGACGAUGAACUAACGAUCGAUUGUGGGAAGAUGUAAAUAGAAGGAAGGAAGUUUGCUGCAUAAAAUGUACGACAUGCGAGGUGUAAUAUAAGAAAAACUACCGAGUGUAUGGGGUUUGCUGAACAGUGAAGAUAGGCUCGACUGGGGAAAGGAAUCGAUCAGCCGUAAGUUAAGAAUCGGUCUCUUAAUUGCUAAGUAUUUAUUGCGAUCCUUCACAAAACUUGUACAUGGUUUAAACCUUCUUUCAAACCAAUUCAAUCACUCACAACAUACCACUCGAAGGUCGGUUGAUUGCCGAUGGAAAGAAAACACACAGUCAAAUAAAUGUAAUUCCUGCACUAAUGCGAAAAAA